UGAAACGUCCCAGUCGCUCUGAUGGGAGUGGGCGAGCCGGGAUAGGCUGGGAGUUUGGUCGGGAGCAGUCAGCGGGACAGGGCAAGGAAAAGGGGGAAAAAACGAAGAACCUGACCGACCACUAACUUCUGCCUUCUGAGCAAACUGAAUGUUGCACAGGAAAUUUGACGUAGACAAGCUUUCCGGAGAAAUAGCAGUUGUUGCAUUCAGGGGUCACGAAUAGGAACGGAUGACAAAAGAAGCGUCGCCGUGCAAACUUUCUCAACCGGGUUUGAGAGCUCGUUAAACCCAACCGGGGAUUCUAGUUUUUUUUUUUUUUCUAUUUCAACGGAGGCGCAAAUACGAGGACAUCAUGCCACGGCGUACCGUGCAAGAAGUAACAGUGCAAGAUGUCCAGAAGAGGAGAAAUCCGAACAAACACUACGUUUACAUUAUCAAAGUGUCCUGGAGCGAUGGCAGUACGGAAAUCAUUUACAGACGCUACAGCAAGUUCUUUGACCUGCAGAUGGAAUUGCUGGAUAAAUUCCCGGUGGAAGGAGGCCAGAAAGACCCUAAGCGUAGGAUCAUUCCGUUCUUACCAGGAAAGAUCCUGUUCAGGAGGAGCCAUAUCAGAGAUGUGGCCAUGAAAAGACUCAGGCCCAUAAACGAGUACUGCAGGGCCCUCAUUCAGCUGCCAGUCUACAUCUCCCAGUGUGAAGAAGUCAGAGUGUUUUUUGAGACCAGACCUGAAGACCUCAACCCCCCCAAGGAGGAACCCAUUGGGAAGAAGAAGUCAGGGAUUGUGGAGCGAGCGACUACUUUCCUAAAGCGAGGAGAUUCCACCGCAGCAGAUCCUCUCCUCCUCGACCAGUACGUGGCAGUAACAGACUAUGAGAAGCAGGAGAGCUCUGAGGUCAGCCUGCACGUGGGUCAAGUGGUGGAGGUCAUCGAGAAAAAUGAGUCUGGGUGGUGGUUCAUAAGCUCAGAGCAUGCCCAGGGCUGGGUGCCUGCCACCUGCCUGGAGGCACAGGAUGACCCUGACGACUUCACUAUUCCAGGAGAAGAAGUGCCUCGGAGAUUCUGGUCACUGCCAAGGCACAUGGGUCGACGCAGAACUUUAGGGGAUCUAUUCGGCACAGGCUUUGGGCAAGAAGAGAAGUAUUCCGUGAUUUACCCGUACUCUGCGAGGGACCAGGAUGAGAUUGACCUGGAGAGGGGAAUGAUUGUUGAGGUGAUUCAGAAGAACUUGGAGGGCUGGUGGAAGAUCAGGUAUCAGGGACGCGAGGGCUGGGCCCCAGCCUCCUACCUGAAGAAGGUUGACAUCCAGAGCCAGAAGCAGUCAGCAGGUGGGGCUGCUCAUGCCAGCGCCAAUGACCUGGAGGGAGUUGCCAAACAGAACCAGCAGAACAAUGCAGCCAGAGAGAACCGAGACAACAGCCAUAAAGAAAACAGACUCUCCUUCUUUUCUGACAAAAAAAUGGGACUCAGGCACAGACCCCCUCCACGCAGAGAUCUAACCAUUCCACGUGGUGCAAACCUACCCAAGCCGCCUGUUCCUCCUCAGGUUGAGGAAGAGUUCUACACCAUAGCAGACUUCCAGACCACCAUCCCUGAUGGGAUUAGCUUCCAAGCUGGAGUGAAAGUUGAGGUGAUUGACAAGAAUGGGAGUGGUUGGUGGUACAUCCAGAUCGAGGAUAAAGAGGGCUGGGCCCCCGCCAACUUUAUCGACAAAUACAAAAAGACCAGUAAUGCCGUGCGGCCAAAUUUCCUUGCCCCUCUACCCAAUGAGAUGGAAAAGCUGAGACUAGAAGAUGGCGGUUCUUCAACUGUUUCGAGCACUGAUGACAGCUGGUCCAAGCCUUUACCAGAUGAGCCAACCUCAGCCCCUGAGUCCUGUGCCCGGCCUAAGCUAAGGGAUUGGAAGUCCAGUGCCAGCAAGGGAGCCACUUCCAUCUCUGCUCCUUUACCUCCUGCCCCAGUUGUCCCACCAGUCGAGGACAAACCUGCUCUACCUCCACGGAGAGAGUCCAUCAAUAAAAGCUUUGAAAUAGAAGUAGGAGAGAAAUCAAGACCUGAACUGUCCAAACCUUUGCCCCCAAAACCCCCUGCUCCCGGGGUGAUCAUGCCACUGGUGCCACCCAAAGCAGCUCCCUUCAAACCAGACAAACCGUUGGAGACAAAGAAAGAAGAUAAAAGCAAAGCUCUCCACCUACGAAAUGAGAUGGGUCUCGAAUGUGGACACAAGAUCUCUGCCAAAGAGGUGAAGAAGUUCAAUCUGAAGCCUGUACCUAAGAUGCCACCAAAACCAAAACCAGAAGUGCAGGAGGAGAAACCAGAACCAGCUGGCCCGGCAGUGUUCAUGAAAGCGAAGCCAGUGGUCAGACCUAAGCCUGUUCCAGCUGCCAAGCCUGAUCCUCCGGCAGAGAACAAACUGGACAUCACCAACCUGAGGAGCAAGCUGAGGCCUUCCAAACCUGCAGACGUGGGCUCUGAGGUGAACCAUCAGAAUGGCACCUCCACUUCCCAUCCCAGUCCACCCCCAAGCUCUCCCCCCAUCCAUAUCCCAACGGCUUAUAAUGGUAAGAACUGUGAUGAGCCCAAACUCCCCCCUAAACAUGUAAAUGGUCACAGCCAUGAUAGUUCAUCACCCCCUGCUAAACCAGCAGUGCCUCCCCACAAGGAGCCACCUCAGAGACCCCCCACCAUGGUUCCGAGGAGACCUCCUCCUCCAAAGAAGGAGUACCCAUCCAGCCCUACUGAGCUGAAACCUCCACCUUUUCUGAAAGAAGCCCAGGACGUUCCCAAGGGACCUCCCCAACUCAGCAGACCCCCUCCCCCAAAACCCAAAGGGUUCGUUCUGCCACCUCCAAACAAAGAGAAAGAAGAAGCCAAAGCGAACAAAGUCCCGAUUCCUCCCAAACCCCAGCUGAAGAGUGAGAAGCCCGGCCCGCCCAAGGACAAGCUCCCACCUUUACUCAAAGAGCCCAGCAAGGACGAGCUGUAUCUGGCUGUGGCCGACUUUGAAGGGGAUGAAAACACAUCCGGCUUCAAGGUGGGUACAGUGUUUGAGGUUAUGGAGAAAAACAGCAGCGGCUGGUGGUUCUGUAAAAAUGUGGGAGAAGAAGCGGAGGGCUGGAUCCCCUCGAAUUAUCUGAGCAAGAAACCUUAGUGUGAAUGUGCUCUCAAAAAGCAUUGCCAUAUGAAUAAAAAAAAAGAUUGAAAAGAACAAAUAUUACUACUUUGUAGCUUAUUAGCUUUUUUUUUAUUUAUAGGUACCUUUUUUUUAAUUGAUACACAUUUUUUGUUGUUUUUUAUUUUGAUGAUAAUAUUCUACCUAAACUGAACCAGCAAUAACAUAUGGCCUUGUUGGGUCUUGUGAUGUUUACUUUUUUGUUUUUAUCUAAAUGUUACAUGAAUUUGUAGGUAAAAAGUCCAGCCUGUAGAGCAGCAGUAAACGUAUCUCCACCCAUGCCUUCUAUAAUAUAGUGCCUCUAUGUUAUAUGCAAAGUGCUUCAGUGCUUACUCUACAUAUACUGUAUGCAACUGUAGAUAUGGUCCGUGGUUGGAAUCUUUAAAAAAAACAUUUUAAUUAACAUCAGAAAUCUACAUCACUGGAACAUAAAUCCAGCAGAAGAAAAAAACGCCUUUUGUCCCUUAGACAACGUCCGCACAUGAACUCACCGGGGCAGUUCAAUGAUUAUAUAUCUGGGCUUUCGAGUGCUAGAAGCAAUCACUUAAAGAGAUGUCUUUGCCAAGUAGGAGUGCUGUUUGUUAUACUAGAAACAUGCAUAUUAGUUUAUGUGCUGUUGUAACGCUUUCUUUGUUGACUGCAUACUUAUUGUUGCAGCGACAGAUGUGCACUUUUUCAAACAUUUUAAAUGAGGUCAGUUUUAAGGUUUGCACAUGCUUGAAGGAAGUGGAGAUUUGCAGCAGUGCAUCUUAUUAUUUCAUAGUUGUGUCAGUCAUUUUUUAGCUCUGUUUUUUAUACUCACUAUAUCAAAUAUCCACCACAGUUAGAGGUAAACAUUACAAGAUGAGAAGAAGCUCUGUGAGUAUUUCACAGGAUGAUGUUAUCUCUUGCCCAAAAAAAAAAAAGGAAUGUGUGAUGUGACAAAUCUGCAAACCUGUACCUGAUGCUUGACCUAAGAGAUAAGAACAUUGGAGCUCGACAGUGAUUUGUGCAAUGAUUUACAGUAUUGUAAAUGUACAGUCUGUUCUUUACCGAAGUUUGGUGCUCAUAUACAGAAACAGCAAAGUGUGACCAAUGUACAAAAGUAAUGUUUUACAUGAAUGCUUGACUGGUUUCAAGCAUUGGUCAGUAUAUAAAAUUAUUUUUUAUUGUAUAGAAAUGAAAGACAUAUCUUUGCUGCUGUCACUUUGCUUUGACAGCCCAUAUGUCAUGUCUUUUACUUUGUGAUGGGAUCGGAGGAAGAAUGAGCGAAGCUGGAAUUUGGUUGGGUUGAUUUGUGCGAUAGGCUUAUUUUACAAAAGGUACAAAAGGGUGUGUUGUUGUUGUUUAAAAAAGAAAAUUAUGUCACAAGAAAAGUAUGUGAAGCAAUAGAUCCCAGGAGGUGACAUGGAUAUAUUUUCUUUUUUCACGCACGCACACUUUCUAUUUCAGUUUUUUUUGUGUUUCAGGCACCACUUUUAUAUAUCGUGUGUGUGUUGUAGUACCUUGCACAUGGUUCUUUAUUAUUUUGAGAGAUUUAAACCUGCAUGCAAGUUGCUAAAACGCUCAGAUUAUAAAACAGGUGCACGAAAUAGAAAGCACACAUGCAUAAAAAAAAAAACAUGUCCAUGUCACCUCCCGGGCUCCGUAUGAAGCAACUUCACAAUAAGUGGUUCAGAAACUGUUGUCGACCAUAUCAGUUCUGAAUAUGUGUAAAGUUCAAUAACAUUGGAAAUAACAUAAAUGUGUGUUCAUGGUGAUAAACAAACAGACAAGACUAAAAGCUAGAACACUGAUACUGUUCUGCUUGUAGUGGCUUUAAUGUAAUUCCACCUUCCACCCAUGUCUAAAACAUCGAUUAGUUAUGGAGCAGGAAAAAAUGGCAGAUAUUAAAUACACCUUAAAAUGAUUGUUCAGGUAUGGUUUGUGAACACGAAGGAGGAAGGUACAGUAAAGUGCGAGGCCAGAGUGUUGAUGAUGUCAUCAUUUCAGUAUUGUAAUCUUUUGUACUUUUUUUUCUGUCUUUUUCAUUACAUUUGAGUCUCCUUUUACGUAAGUCAAUAAAAGUGUCUGCUUUUUCAGUCCA